CCUGGCGCCGCGCGCGCCUGAGCGACAGGUGGCGGGGCCGGGCCUUCCCCUCCGCUCCCCUCCCGCCCGGCCGCGCAUUCCCGGGGCUCCCGGGCCUGCAGGCACCGCCUGUAAAAACAAGUGCCCGGGGUGUAACCUUCACCGCGCGCCAGUACCGCGGGGUUCGUCAGUCAGUCAGACUGGAUCCUGUCCCUGCCCCGGGAGGUGGAAGUGUGGGAAAGUGAACAGCAUCCGGCCAAGUGGACGGCAAGGGGCAAGAAAAACAAGAACCAGUACCUGAGCGGUCCAGAGAUCUGGUCAUCCACAGCAACCCACUUUUCAAGGAGCUGCUCUUAGAGUCGUGAUUCUACUGGCUGAGCUAUUCCUGGGCUCUCUGCAAUCUGGGCCAGGUUUUAGCUCUUCAUACCCUGGAUGGUGAUGUUCAGCUGGUCUUUCUGCCCUGUACAAGCACAAACAGUUGGCAAGUCUGCCAUGGGGACUUGUCCAGGGACAAAGGAGGCUUGGAGCUGAGCUGUGUUAUUUGGCGCUGGUGGAGGACCACAGUCAUGAUGAGAAGUCUGGUCAAGAGGUCUGUGCAAAGAAGGAUGCUUGUAGAAUCCAUUUCCAUUCUGCCCAAAGCCAUCUGUUUUAUGUCUAAUAAUAAACAGGGAUGUGUGCAGCCACAUUCUUGGGUUGGGCUUACUGCAGGGACAGAGGCAGGGUGGCCACUGCCACAGGCGUGGACGUCCCUGAGAAGAUGAAGAGCCAGAUCCCCGUGGUGCUUCUGGCCUGUGGCUCCUUCAACCCGAUCACCAACAUGCACCUGCGCUUGUUUGAAGUGGCCAGAGAUCACCUGCACCAAACAGGAAUAUACCAGGUGAUCCAGGGCAUCAUCUCACCUGUCAGUGACCACUACAGAAAGAAAGACCUGGUGGCUUCCCAUCACCGAGUGGCCAUGGCCCGGCUGGCUCUGCAGACGUCCGACUGGAUCCGCGUGGACCCCUGGGAGAGUGAGCAGGCGCAGUGGAUGGAGACGGUGAAGGUGCUGAGGCAUCAUCACCAGGAACUGCUCAGAUCUUCACCCCCGAUGGAAGCCCAGAACGCUGGCAAGGCACCAACAGCCCCUGCAGCUGUGCCUGAACUGAAACUCCUCUGUGGGGCAGACAUCUUAAAGACCUUCCAUACCCCCAACCUCUGGAAGGAUGUACACAUCCGGGAAAUUGUGGAGAAGUUUGGCCUAGUGUGUGUGAGCCGGGCGGGUCAUGACCCCAAAGAGUACAUCUUAGACUUGCCCAUCCUCCGGCAGUACCAGCACAAUAUUUACCUGGCCCAGGAGCCCGUGCAGAAUGAGAUCAGUGCCACAUACAUCCGGCGAGCGCUGAGUCAAGGACAGAGUGUGAAGUACCUGCUGCCUGACGCCGUCAUUGCCUACAUUAAACACCACCGCCUGUACACCAUGGACAGUUCCUGGAAAGACAGAAGCAGCCAGCGGAGCAAAGGAAACACAAGCUAGGACACACACACACACACACACACACACACCUCUCUCUCUCUCUGAGCCACGUCUCUACA